AUGAGCCGAGGACUCAAAAUAUCCGAUCUCAUCGAGGCGGACCCGGCCCCAACUUCUUCGGAUGAAGAUUCAGCAAGUUUCGCCGGUUGGAGUCUUACUGAAUCCGUUACCGAUUAUACAUAUGAAAACGGAAGGCGUUACCCUGGCUUUGGGACCGAUGGUUCUUAUAUGUACCCGAAUGAUGAGAGGGAAAGUGAACGCCUCGAUCUUCAACAUCACCUAUUCCGUUUGAUGAAAGGUGGUGAUUUACACACUCUCCCAAACCCAAAGUUCCGGAAAGUCUUAGAUGUAGGAACAGGGACAGGCAUAUGGGCGAUCGACUUGGCAGACGAAUAUCCUCAUGCUAAGAUUCGAGGGAUCGAUUUAAGUCCAAUUCAGCCUGAGUGGGUCCCUGAAAAUGUCAUCUUCGAGAUCGACGAUCUUGAACAAACAUGGAACUUUACAUCGCCGUUUGACUACGUGCACAUGCGUAUGAUGUUAGGUAGCAUAUCCGACUGGCCACGUCUCAUAAAACAAGCUUACAACAACCUCACGCCAGGCGGUUGGGUUGAAUCACAGGAAGUCCUAACGCAUGCCUUCUGCGACGAUGGCUCGAUCCCAGAGGACUGCAACUGGAAGAAGUGGGAAAAACUUUACGUUGACGCUGCGAGGCAGUGUGGCAGGCCCAUAGACAUUGCUGCGGACUUAAAGGGAUGGUUUGAAGAAGCUGGAUUUGUUGAUGUUGAGGAGGAAGUUGUUAAAUGCCCUCUGGGAAAUUGGCCUAUAAAUCGAGGCCAGAAAGAGAAUGGGCGGUUUCUAAAAGCCGCCUUGUCAGAUGGUCUGCAAGGCCUCUCGCUUGCAAUUUUCACACGGGUUCUCGGAUGGAAGCCCGAUGAGGUUGAGGCCUUCAUAGCUUUAUGCCGCAAUGAUCUCAACAACAAAUCAUUCCAUGGAUACUUCAAGUUUUACUUCGUACGGGGGAGGAAACCAGAACUAACAGGAGGCUCGUCGUACCAGUCCUCGAAGUCCCCUGUCCAUAGCUCUGAUGAAUUCCGGUCGUCCACUGGUACACUGGGGUCGACCACGGAAACCCUUUAA